ACCAGCAUGGCGACGGGGUAGCGUUGCUUCGCCCCUCAUCUGCUUAAGCUAGUUUAGGCUGUUACUUUUACGUUGCUUGAUUAUUUUAUUCCGUCAACAUGUUUACAGUUAAGUACACUGACGUUUCUGGAUGUAUCCGAGCUCUGCCGUCGCUGCAUCGGAAUAUUUCGGCGGAAAAUGGGAUACGCUGAGUGUAACGUUAUCAUGGACUCGAGAAUAGGGAGUGUAUCGUCUGGACUAGGGUGCAGUCCCUCUACAAGAGGACAGAGUUUGAAAAGUAGCCCUUUCUGUCCUCGCUCCUCCAGCAAGUUGACACAGUCCAUCAUUAAGGACCACAUGGUGUCUCAUUACAAGAAGGUUUACUCGGCGAAAGCUGCCAUUGAUGCCUCAGUACCAAAAAGCCUGCUGUAUAGUGUGAAGUACAAUGACCAAAUCAGGCAGGAACGGCUGAGGAAAGGGGGUCGUCCCCAUUCCGCUCAAUCUCUCUCACAGAGGACCAGCAGAACUUCCUGCUCCUCAGUCCAGGGUAGAUUAUCUGUGCAGUAUGAUGACAGCCCCUACCUGUGUUCGAGGAGCUCCAUGGUGUCCAGUCCGAGGUUCAGCACCAGCUUUAAUGCCAAGCAGAUAGUUUAUCCAUCCUGUACAGGCAAUUCUCAUCACAUCCGCCCAGCAUCAGAAAUUAAGUACGAGAGUCCAGAGGGAGCUGUGCAGAGAAAGCAGUCAACAUGUUCACUGGGAGCUUCAGGAGAUCAGAGUUGCUACAAGACAUUCCAAGACCCUGUCCAAAAGACAUACAGCGGAGACUUGCUCCAGAAACAUUCACAGCACUUUACCGGAGUCAAACCGUUCACUCCCAAGACUCUGAAAUCAGAUAAGAGUUCAUAUCUGUCAAAAUAUCGCUAUUACAGAGCACCACAAGUGAAACCUACUCAGGAUUGCGGCAGCUCAAGACUGAUGCGACAGGAGACAUACCAUGGAAGCACAAAAAAUAAGGAACACACAUGGGAAUUUGAUGAGCCAUCUCAGGAAUUUAUUACAGAGCAUGAGUGGUCUGAGGAUGAGUUCAAUGACACAUAUUUAUCAUCAUCGAGACAACAGAGUCGAGCAGCCAAGAGCAGAGAGCGUUACUUCUUUGACUCCGCACCAAGGUUCUUGCCAGAACGAGGAAAAUCUCCCAAUUUGAGGAAAAUAUCGGCAGAGGAAGAAGAAUUGAUGUACCUUGAAUUCAUUUCUGCUGUAACAGAAGAUAUCUUGGCCAGGGGGCAUAUCUCUGACAGAUGGCUUAUUUCGAACUUCAGAAUAAUUACUGAAGUGUACUUGUCUUUGCCCUCUACAAGGAUCCUAGACCGGGUGAUAAACCGACAUAUUGACAUGAAUCUACAUAAGCUCGAUGAGGGUAAAAUGCGCCACCUUCUGGAAGUGCUGCGUAAAGAUUUUGAAGAACCAACCAACAUCUCCAGUACACAGCUUGAAAAAAAGAACGAUCUGCUCGAUACACUGCUGCCAUAUCUGGAAUCAGGGGGGAAACAAGUGAAAACCAAAGAAAACAAUGACUUGGUCCCUUAUGCAUCACUGAUCAAAAACUACGAUCGUCCAGAUUAUGCUCAUCCCUUACUACUGCCCACACCCCGGCGUUCUCCUGAAACAACUUCACCAACCAAAGUAAAUGAAAACAACAAGGAGGGUGACGAAGAUGAGGAAAAGGGCUCGCCUGUGCUGAGUGAGCAUGUUACUGAUAAUACAGGAAACAGUGAGGAGGACUUCCGGCACAUUGACACAGCUGCAACCAACUGUCUCAGCAAUGAAAACCAUGAAUACACCAACACAACCAGCGAUCAAAACCAAGCCGACAACCGUUACAAUGGACAAUCUGAUGAGCUGGAGGAUCUGGGAAGAUGCUUGUCAGAGUCGCUGCAUGUGUCCGGCAAUACACACUGUGAAAAUGCAGAGACUAUCAGUGAACAACAUACAAAUACAGUCGCUUCUGUCAGUGAUGAUGAGUUCUAACUUUUGCUGUAUUCAGGGGUCGAAUGCCCACAGAUGUUUUGUUACCAGAAUGUUGUUGUUACAGAGAUAAAUGUAAUAUGUGAAAUUUCUAAAAGUAUAGUUUUGUAAAAAAAAAUUUAACACCAUUUUCAAUGUUUUAUAAGCACCACUGAAAAGGUGUUGUAGUUAUUUGGAUUUUUUAAAAGAUAUUUUUUACAAAAGCACGCAAUGAAAAUGUCACACAAGUAAACCGGAGGCUGGAAUGUCUAAUUUUGUGAAAUGGGUACACAUAUGACCGAUGUUGCAACUGAAUUUCAGAGUGAUGCUCUUAAAUUUUAAAGUUAUUACCCCAUAGUAUUAUGAUUUUACGGAUUUGCAAAAGGAUACUUUGGAAUUAGUGACAUCCUUUCAUUUGAGAGUGAAUUGCAAGUGAUGUAGCUGCAGUUAACAUUUUCAGACUGUAGAAACAAAUCUCUGAUAAGAAAAUGUAGCCUACACUUGUUAAAUGUGUUUGAGUUGGAAUAAGCCUCUGACAUGUAGCUAAUAGGAGUUGACUGUCACCAGAAAGUGUCUUUCCAAUUGCAAUAAAUUUCCUAUUCUUCUGCCCUUGCA